GGAACACCAACAUAUACUGAGUUAGAAAGCUUUAAACUCUUGCAAUAAAGGCAGACUUGAUAUUUUAUUCCUAAAAAUCUGGCUAAAAUGAAUGCAGCUGAAUUCAGAAAGAGAGGCAAACAUAUGGUGGACUAUAUUGCGGAUUACCUUGAACAGAUUGAAACAAGACAAGUUUUUCCUGAUGUAGAACCUGGAUACUUGAGGCCACUCAUCCCAGAUGCGGCACCCGAAGAAGGAGAAGCUUAUGAAGAUAUUAUAAAUGAUGUAGAGAGAGUGAUCAUGCCUGGUGUGACACACUGGCACAGCCCCUAUUUUUUUGCCUACUUUCCCACUGGCAAUUCAUACCCAGCAAUGCUUGCUGACAUGUUGUGUGGUGCAAUUGGGUGCAUUGGCUUUUCUUGGGCUUCAAGUCCUGCAUGCACAGAGUUAGAGACUGUAAUGCUGGACUGGCUGGGGAAGAUGGUUGGUUUGCCAGAGCAGUUUCUAGCUGGCUGUAAAGGUGAAGGUGGAGGAGUUAUUCAGGGUACUGCAAGUGAAGCAACAUUAAUGGCACUACUUGCAGCAAGAAUGAAAGUAACUAAACGGCUGAAGUCAGAAAAUCCUCGAUUAACUGAAGCAGAAAUUUUAAGUCGAAUGGUGGCCUACUCUUCAGACCAGGCUCAUUCAUCUGUAGAGAGAGCUGGACUUAUAAGCGGUGUAAGGAUGAAGAAGAUCCCAUCCAAUGGGAAGUUUGAAGCUCGCGGGCAGGCUCUAAAAGAUGCAUUACAGGAAGACAAAGCAAACGGGCUCAUUCCGGUGUUUUUUUGUGCCACACUUGGAACAACAGCCUCCUGCUCGUUUGAUAACUUAAUGGAACUGGGUCCUAUAUGUAAUGCAGAAAACAUAUGGAUGCAUGUUGAUGCUGCAUAUGCAGGGAGUGCGUUUAUUUGUCCAGAAUUCAGAUAUCUGAUGAAAGGGGUGGAGUUUGCUGACUCUUUCAACUUUAAUCCACAUAAAUGGCUUCUUGUGAACUUUGACUGCUCUGCAUUCUGGGUAAAGAAGAGAUCUGACUUAAUUGGUGCAUUUAAAAUGGACCCUGUGUACCUUCAGUAUGACCAACAAGAAUCCGGUCUAGUAACUGACUACAGGCACUGGCAGAUUCCAUUGGGACGAAGAUUCCGCUCUUUGAAACUGUGGUUUGUUUUCAGGAUGUAUGGAGUGAAAGGGCUUCAAGAACACAUCCGAAAGCAUAUUCGUCUGGCAAAUGAAUUUCUCGACUAUGUCAAGCAGGAUGAACGUUUUGAAAUCUGUGCUCAAGUCAUUUUGGGCUUAGUAUGUUUCAGAUUGAAGGGCUCAAAUGAAUGGAACAAAACUCUCCUACAAAAGAUAAACAACUCAAAAAAAAUUCAUUUAGUGCCAUGCUGCCUGGGGAGCACAUUUGUGUUACGAUUUGCUAUUUGUGCCCGAACUGUGGAGUCCAGUCACAUUAAAUUUGCGUGGAAGCAUAUUGAACAACUAGCCACUGAGCUUUUAAGUACAGAAGGGGGAAAACAAUAGUCUAAACCAAGAGACAAAAUCCCAGAUAAAGAACAAAGAGGAAAAGAAGACAUAUGUAUACUGGAUAUUGGUUUGUGUGAAUAAUUCUUUGUUCAAAAAUGGUAAAAAUAAAACCAUGAUUAAAAUGUGAAAUAAAAUAAAUCUGAAA